CGAGUCCUUCUGAAGAAGAGCGUCAUCAUCAUCAUCAUCAGCUUGGACACGUGGUUAAGAUUAAUUACGAUUAAUUGAUCAAUAUUAAAACGAGUUACACUUUUGAUUAUACAACUGAUAUUGAACAUCGAAGAGAUCAAGCUGCAGUUUACAGUAAGAAGACUCAGCAUCAUGAAGAACAAGGAUCUCAGCUUCAGACACGUGCGAGGAACACCAGUGUCGUGCCGGACGGUGCGAGUCGUGCCCAGGAGCUGGCCGCAGGAGCGAGACUACAGACGAAUCUAUUACGGAGGAGAUCACGGAUUAAUUCAUCACAGUAAGAAGCUGCAGGAGCACCGAGAGCGACUGCUGAAGCAGCGGCAGGAGGCGCUGUAUUUCUGUAACACACGGCGAGAGGAUCGUCCAGCAGGACCGCAGGCGCAUCUCAGGGUUGGUGGCGCUGUUUCCUCCCAGCCUGGGGUCAGAGGUCAAAGGUCAUCCAGCAGAGGAGGAGGGGAUGCGCUCCUGCAGGCCAUCAUGAAUCUGAACAAAAUUUGGUUGUUCAGGGUUGGUGGCGCUGUUUCCUCCAAGCCUGGGGUCAGAGGUCAAAGGUCAUCCAGCAGAGGAGGAGGGGAUGCGCUCCUGCAGGCCAUCAUGAAUCUGCACAGAGAGGUUGAUCGUAAAGGGGUCAAGCGCAGGACUGUGAUGGCCUCCAGGAACACCCAAAACAUCAGCAUCAGCAUCAGCGGGUCGCUCUCACCCGCUCCACCCAAAAACUGCACUCAAGCAGACGAACACAGGGAUCUCUCUGGAGGAUCUGCGCACGCGUCUGCAUCAGCCAGCAAGAUAUUUUUCUCCGAUCUGGAUGAGAUUCCAGGUUUGGGUGGAGAACCGGAGGAACCGACACCAGAAGAACAUCGUGCUCAAGCCAUCAAUAACAAAGCUCAGGAGAUCGAGAAGUUGUACAAACAGGACUGCGAGACCUUUGGAAUAGUGGUGAAGAUGCUUAUAUCCAAGAAUCCAGCUCUCGAACCGAUGCUUCUGUCAGUGCUGCAUAAGAACCUGGUUGAAAUCGGGGAAAUAUACUUGGAAAACCUCAGCCAGUUCAUCUCCGAGGUGAAUGCAUUGGUCAAACCGAACCAAACUGGCCAAACCCAACCAUGAUCCAUAAACUGACCAUGAAGCGCUUCAUCAUGCUUACUCAACUUAUAUAAAACACACUAGAAGUAAUGUUGGUUUAGUUUUUGCACAUCUUGUCAUGUUAUUCAGCACAGCUGUCCUAAUCACAUUUGUUAAACGUUUAAUUCAAGAACCACACUAACAGUUCAUUGUUUACCUUAAAUUCUGUAACUAUAAUUAACUAUGCUCAAAAAUGUUGGAUUUUUGCUGUUACGAGAUGAUAGAGUUUUGUAAGGAGACCUAAGAAUGCAACACGUUCAUUAAAUAAAGUAUAUUCAU